AUGCACAAAGCUCCAGUCAGCGAACCUCGUGAAGUCGCCAUCUCUCAAAAAGUGGGAGGAAGCAGAGUGAACGGCCUAUCGGUCUAUGUCGGCAGCAGUCGAUUACCGUACGUUGUUGUAUUGUGGUUUGUCGCGAUGAGUCAACAGGUUGAUUGUCGCACUGUAUCGGAUCAUCGAUUUGAUGGAUCGGGCAGCAAACUAGUUGUUGGUCAUCUAUUGGUUGUUCCUCUACGAUUCUUCUGA